CUGGAGCGGGGAGCGGCGACGCCACCCAGCCAUCGUUUUUGAUCUGCAGCAGCCGCCGGCGGGGCGACCCAGCCCGACCCCCUCCCCUCCCCCUCAGCCACGAGCGGCGGCGGCGGCGGCGGCGGCAGCCGGAGGGAGUUGGCGGCGGCGGCCGAUCGGAGGGGCUGAGCGGGGAGGGAGGGAGGGCUGAGGUGUCCCCCCUGCCGGGUGGAAUCGGAGGCGGCGGCGGCGCUGGCGGCGGCUGUGGUGGUGGAGGCGGCGACGGUGGAGACGGCUGCCGUAGUGGGAGAGGCGGCGGCGGCGGCGGCCGAGGAGGAGGAGGGGGAAGCGGCGGCGGCGAAGGGCUCCAGACCCAGUUCCUGGACCUGCCCUGGAAAAGAAGUAUCCAGUAGAGAUGAGCUCACUGCAGUUACUUAAUUAAAAAUUUGUAAGCUGCAAAAAUGGCAAUGGGCCAAUCAAGAACAGCUACCAUUUGAAUUUUUCUAUUUCCAGAAAAUGCUUGGACAGAAGAGAUGAGUACUGUUUCCACUAAGGCCUAGAAUUGCCUACUGUACAAAUAGUCCUGAUCAGGCAAUAUACGAAUGGCCCAAGGAAGCCACCAAAUUGAUUUUCAGGUUUUACAUGACCUGCGACAAAAAUUCCCUGAAGUACCUGAAGUUGUUGUAUCCAGGUGCAUGUUACAGAAUAAUAAUAACCUGGAUGCCUGCUGUGCAGUUCUCUCUCAGGAGAGUACAAGGUAUCUUUACGGUGAAGGAGACUUGAAUUUUUCAGAUGAUUCUGGAAUUUCUGGUCUACGCAAUCACAUGACUUCUCUCAACUUGGACUUGCAGUCACAGAAUGUUUACCACCAUGGAAGAGAAGGAAAUAGAAUGAAUGGAAGUAGGACUCUAACGCACAGCAUUAGUGAUGGACAGCUUCAAGGUGGUCAGUCCAAUAAUGAACUAUUUCAGCAGGAGCCACAGACAGCACCAGCUCAAGUUCCUCAAGGCUUUAAUGUUUUUGGAAUGUCCAGUACAUCUGGUGCUUCAAAUUCAGCACCACAUCUUGGAUUUCACUUAGGCAGCAAAGGAACAUCUAACCUUUCUCAACAAACUCCAAGAUUUAAUCCCAUUAUGGUAACUUUAGCCCCAAAUAUCCAGACUGGUCGUAAUACUCCUACAUCUUUGCACAUACAUGGUGUACCUCCACCUGUACUUAACAGUCCACAGGGAAAUUCUAUCUAUAUUAGGCCCUACAUUACAACUCCUAGUGGUACAACUCGACAGACACAACAGCAUUCUGGCUGGGUAUCUCAGUUUAAUCCCAUGAACCCUCAACAAGUUUAUCAACCUUCACAACCUGGUCCCUGGACUACAUAUCCUGCAUCUAAUCCUCUGCCACAUACCUCAGCCCAGCAGCCAAAUCAGCAAGGCCACCAGACCUCUCAUGUCUACAUGCCCAUCAGUUCACCUACUACUCCACAACCACCAACAAUUCAUUCGUCUGGUAGCUCACAGUCUUCUGCCCAUAGCCAAUAUAACAUUCAGAAUAUUUCAACAGGACCUCGGAAAAACCAGAUUGAAAUCAAGCUUGAACCCCCGCAAAGAAGCAGUUCUUCGAAACUGCGUUCUUCUGGACCUCGAACCUCCAGCAGUUCCUCUUCGGUCAACAGCCAGACCUUAAACAGAAAUCAGCCCACUGUUUACAUAGCUGCCAGUCCCCCAAAUACUGAUGAGGUGAUGUCCCGUAGUCAACCUAAGGUCUAUAUUUCAGCUAAUGCCACCACAGGAGAUGAGCAGGUCAUGCGGAAUCAGCCCACUCUCUUCAUAUCCACAAACUCUGGAGCAUCUGCUGCCUCCAGGAAUAUGUCCGGGCAAGUGAGCAUGGGGCCUGCCUUUAUUCAUCACCACCCUCCCAAAAGUCGAGCAAUAGGCAAUAACUCUGCAACUUCUCCUCGAGUGGUGGUCACUCAACCCAAUACAAAAUAUACUUUCAAAAUUACAGUUUCUCCCAACAAACCCCCUGCAGUUUCACCAGGGGUGGUGUCCCCUACCUUUGAACUUACAAAUCUUCUGAACCAUCCUGAUCAUUAUGUAGAAACAGAGAAUAUUCAGCACCUCACGGACCCUGCUUUAGCACAUGUGGAUAGAAUAAGUGAAGCACGGAAGUUGAGUAUGGGAUCUGAUGAUGCUGCCUACACACAAGCUCUUUUGGUACAUCAGAAGGCCAGAAUGGAACGACUUCAAAGAGAACUUGAGAUUCAAAAGAAAAAGCUGGAUAAACUAAAAUCUGAGGUCAAUGAAAUGGAAAAUAAUCUAACUCGAAGGCGUCUGAAAAGAUCAAAUUCCAUAUCCCAAAUACCUUCACUCGAAGAAAUGCAGCAGUUGAGAAGUUGUAAUAGACAACUCCAGAUUGACAUUGACUGCUUAACCAAAGAAAUUGAUCUUUUUCAAGCCCGAGGACCACAUUUUAAUCCCAGCGCUAUUCAUAACUUUUAUGACAAUAUUGGAUUUGUAGGUCCUGUGCCACCAAAACCCAAAGGUAGACUGCCUAUUUCCUCCUCAUUUGUUUGGUCUGAUCAAAGGUCCACCAUCAAAACACCAAAGACUCAAGACACAGAAGAUGAUGAGGGGGCUCAGUGGAAUUGUACUGCCUGUACUUUUUUGAACCAUCCAGCCUUAAUCCGUUGUGAACAGUGUGAGAUGCCAAGGCAUUUCUGAGCCAGGAGACCCUAUAUCUUCCCUAAAACCACAUCUGAAGUUCAAGAAACUAGUCUGUCAUCAGGGGAAAAGUUUCACUGCUACAUAGGAUUUUGUCAAAUUGAAGGUGUGACAAGAUGGUGUUGUGCUAAUGUUAAAUGUCAACCCACAGAGCUAAUAAUACCUCAGUCUAAUGUCAUGGGCAGUUGAAAUUCAUCACAUGAAGGUAAUCUGCUGAAAGACUUGGUUGCCCACUGCCUAACCAUGUACAGUGUUACCAGUAGCCCAUUAAGGAUAAUUCUCAAUAUAUUAAUACCUAGGUGUUCCCAGUACCUUUUCCCCUCAUGUCACUACUGAAUUUUGACAGGAGGAAGGAAUAGAACAAUGGCUUUUUUUUUUUUUUAAAGCUUUCGGUGAAACACUACAAACAUGAAGAAAAGGAACAAGGUUUAACUAUUUAAAAACUGUUUGCUGCCAUAUAGUGCCAAUGGAUAGGGGAAGAACUUCACAAAUCUGUGGUACUCUUGGCCUUGUCUUUGUCUUCCCUGAAAACGUCUCCACUCUAUGAAGCCAGCAUCUAGGGUCUAAAGAUGAAAAGCAGCAUGCAUUGUCUGUACAAACAUGGAGUGAAAUAUCCCAAAGCUUUUCCUACUGUACAGAUCUCUCAAGUCUGCUUUAAGUGAUUUCUUUUCUUCCUUAUUAUUUUCUUGUAUUUCUAUAUGUAUAGUGUAAUAGUCUUUUGUUAACUAAUUUUCUCUUUUCCUUUUAGUGAUUAAGCACGAUCAUGUCCCUUUUUAAGCCUUACCUGAGAGAAGCAAUGCCUUAAAAUUAAAAAAGCAUUAAUGAAAUGAAACUAUGCACAAAAUAACUUUCCUCUACUUAUUCUGUACUUUGCCCUCAUGAGUGCCGAUGUUCUGUGAAGACAUACAGAUGCUGCACAGUGAAUUGCAGAAAAUAUUACAAGACUUACGUCUAUAGGUCACACUAUAUACUGACUUUAGCAGUGGGUAACACAACACAGUGUUUUAUCUUCCACAGGGAAGCUUAAAACAAAAGAUAUUUUUAACCCACUGACAGCAACAAGGUUAAGCUUGCUUUAUCUGCCUCGUGUCCCACAGAACUCUCACAAGAGAUUACUAUUGGGAAAGUACAGUUUCAAAACCAGCAACAGCAGCAGUACCUACAGCCCUUUUUUCGGAGAGAAGUUUAAAUGCUUAACUGUUGGGGCAAUCCAUUUCUAAACCUGACUUGGUGGCAGUAUCAUGUAUAUUUAUAAAACAAGGCUAGUCAUAUUUAGGACAACUGAAGAAGAGCUGGAAAAAAGAAAAACAAGCAAACUUGAACACUGAAGCAACCUCAAGCAUCUCUUUAUUUUGAUGAUAUAUUUUUAUAAGGAAAAUAAAUAUUCAGAUCAGGAAUGUACAUAACUAAAUGAAAUCAAGAAAAAAAUAACAGUAUGCAUUUUAAAAAAACAAUUAUGGAAUUAUAUAUCAGUGCUUAGAAUGGGGCUAAGGGAAGUGCUGAAAUGUAGCAAAAGAUAGGAGAUAAUGUAGACUGUCACCCACUGUAAAUGUUUGCAAAUGAAUAUUUUUAAAUAAACAGGAUUAUUACAGGUGAUUCUAUAUGAAUGUCAAAGCCUUAACUUCCAGGCUUUGCAUCUUGUAUAUGGGAAGAACUAUGACAAUCCUAGUUAAUUAGACAAUAAACUCAAAGCCCUUACAUUUGAUGCGUUUUGUUUUAAAAAUAGGCCUUGUUUUUCAGCUUCAUCUGCAGUUCUAUGUGAAGAUUGAUAAAUCAGUUUUUACUUGUUUUAUUAAUAAAACGUAAUUUGGAUAUCUUGAGUUGAUGGUUUUGUGAUUUAGCUGGGUAAAAACUAUCUUUGUAA